CUCGUGUGAGUAGCAACGGUAUUUUGUGCUACAAUUUGAUCUGAAAGUUUCUGGUAAAAUGUCUUACUUUGGAAAAACGUUCACUUUCGAGAAACAUGAGAAAUUCGACGACUUCCUAGCAGCUCUGGGAGUGCCAAAGGAAAAAAUAGAUGAAAUCUGCUCCCAAAAAGCCACACUCAUUUUGGAGAAAAAUGGAGAUACGUACACCCAGAAAUUAUUGAACAAAACUACCAGUUUCCAGCCCGGCGUGGAGUUCGACGAAACCGUCGGUGACGGACAUCAGUGCAAGACGACCUUCGUUGUAGAGGGUGACACUGUCACGCAAUCGCAGAAGUUUCCAGACGGUCGCACUAUCACCUUUAAAAAACAGUUCUCAGACAACAAGCUUGUCGUGACGGCUACUAACAGCGCUUGGGAUGGCGUAGCCUACAGAUACUACUCUGCGUAAACAUUAUCGCUCUCUCAGACCAGUUUGAAAUAAAUUAAUUUCUAA